UGCUGCGUGACAGCAAACAAGCUGCGAUUAUUAUCAGCCUGCACAUCAGACAGACUCUCUCUCUCUCUCUCUCUCUCUCUCUCUCUCUCUCUCUCUCUCUCUCUCUCUAUUUCUCUCUCUCUCUGUCUAUCUGUCUGGAACGAUCGCGCUUGUCUGGACCUGAGACGUCGCAGUACACAGUAAAGGAUUAAUCCGGUUAAAAUGCUCAGUAAAUCUCUGGUAAACAUCGGACUGCGAGUGAACUAUCAACAGAACAAAAGGAUCCAGAGAGUGACGGCGGGAUGGAGUUCAAUCAAAUAUGCAGAAAACCACCGUCGAGACGCAUCCUCGACCACCACCACCUCCACCUCCACCAUGACACACAACACCAAACUCAAAACUAUGGAUGACCUGGGAGGACCAAGUUUUAUGACUACAUUAUACUGGCUUUUUGUAAAAGGUUAUUUCCAAACGACGCAACAAUUGCAAAUAGAGCACAGCAAGAUCUACGGUCCCCUGUGGAAGUCCACAUACGGCCCCCUGGUAGUGGUCAACGUGGCCAGCGCCGAGCUGAUAGAGCAGGUGUUGAGGCAGGAGGGGAGGCUACCGGUUCGGACAGACAUGCCGCACUGGAGGGGAUACAGAGAGCUCAGGAACCUGGCCCACGGACCCCUGACAGAGAUGGGUCCAAAGUGGCAGCGCAUCCGCAGCAUCCUGAACCCUCGGAUGCUGAAGCCCAAACACGUCUCCUCCUACACCAACACCAUCAACGAGGUGGUGACAGACUUCAUCGACAAAGUGGACCGGCUGAGGCAAACCACCGGCGGAGGAGUUAUGGUCAACGACCUGACACCAGAACUCUACAAAUUUGCUUUUGAAGGAAUCUGUUCAGUGUUGUUUGAGACCCGUAUGGGCUGCAUGAACGAGGAGGUGCCCGAGGAGACCCAGAAGUUCAUCUUCUCCGUGGGGGAAAUGUUCAGGCUCUCCCCCAUCAUUGUCCUCUUCCCCAAGUCUGUCUGGCCCAAACUGCCUUUCUGGAAGCAGUUUGUGGCGGUCUGGGAUCAUCUCUUCAAAGUCGCUGAGGAGCUGGUGCAGAAAAAAAUUGAGGAGAUCCAGGAGAAGGUGGACCUGGACCAGAAUGUGGAGGGAGCAUACCUCACACACCUGCUGCUCAGUGAAAAGAUGACCGUCACUGAGAUCCUGGGCAGCAUCACUGAGCUCCUGCUGGCAGGGGUGGACACGACCUCCAACACUAUCGUAUGGUCUCUGUACCAUUUGGCAAAGGAGACAGAGAUCCAAGAACAGUUAUACCAGGAAGUGAUAAGUGUUUGCCCCGGAGACAAAGUGCCAACCAGUGAUGACAUCGCUCGGAUGCCAUACCUGAAGGCCAUCAUCAGGGAGACGCUACGGCUGUAUCCAGUGGUGCCAGGAAAUGCUCGUCUCACUGUUGAAAAUGAGAUUGUGGUUGGAGAUCAUCUCUUCCCCAAAAGGACGCUCUUCCACCUCUGCCACUACGCCGUCUCCUAUGAUGAGAAUGUUUUCCCCGAGCCUCACACCUUCCUGCCGCAGCGCUGGCUCCGAGGGGCAGAGGAGGAGAAGUUCAGGCAGCACCCAUUUGGUUCAGUGCCGUUCGGUUUUGGUAUCCGGGCGUGCCUGGGCCGACGGGUGGCUGAGCUGGAGAUGUAUCUCCUCCUGUCGAGGGUGAUAAAGCACUAUGAGGUGAGGCGGGACCCUGCUGGAACCGAGGUCGAGCCGAUCACCAGAACCCUGCUUUGCCCUGCUAAACCCAUCAACCUGCAGUUCCUGGACAGAAGAGUGCAGCAGCAGGAGGAGCCGAGAGCAGCAGCAGCAGGGGUUUCUCUCUGAGCUGUAUUAGUAUUCACACUGCAUUACCGUCCUGUCGACAAGCACUUGUUUAUAGGGCGUUCACAUCAUGAGGACUUGGCUGGAAUGCUUCAAGACUGUGAGUUAAAACACAAGGUGAUCGGAGAAGUAUUAACAGCACAGAGUAUCAUGUAAUAUGUAUAGUAUUUUCAUGUAAAUAUCAAUACUUAAACCUACAAGGACUGUUCUUUCCUCUGAGGAAUUGUUUAGUUUCAUGUAUUUUCUCUGUUGUUUUCACGGUGGCCUUACAGUAGAAAUGAUCUGGAUCAAAGAUGAGAAGGACUGACUGGAUCCUUUCUGUGUGGAGUUUGUAUGUUUUCCUCAUGUUUGUGUGGGAUACUCCUGCUGUUGCCCUUACAGGAUAAAGCUGCCAUUAUUUUUAUUUUUAUUUUUAUUUUUUAGGGGUUAACAAAUCCCAAGAAAGGGCCUGUCACAAUAACUACUUUCAUUGGACGAUAUAUUGUCUUAGAAAUAAUCGCGAUAAACAAUAUUAUUGUCAUUUUAUACCACUGAUAAAAAGGUAAUAUAAUAGCAUGAUAAUGCAUUGGGAUUGGAGAGUGGGCACUAUAUCAAUAUAUAGAUAUGAUGAUGUUGAUAACUACGUUAUUGUACAAUAAAUUGAUAAUGUAAUUAUUGUGACAGGCCUACCCAUGAAAAGACCAAAACCAAACAACGUGUCAGUCCGUCCACACAGACAGUAUAUAGUUUAAUUUAAAAAUGUAGUUGUUUAAAUCCUGAAACAUCUGGUCACUGUAGGAUUCACAUAGAUUUUCACAAAGCAGAAGUAAACAGUUGUUCUUGACUAUUUUCAGCAGUAUUUUUCUCCAGGGUUCCAUCAGUUCACUACUUUGUUCCACACUGGAAUAUCUCAACAACCAUGAGAUGGAUUAUCAUAAAAUCGGUGCACACAUUCAUGUUUCUCACAGGAUGACUUGUUAUUAUUCUCAUAAUCUACUGACUUUUUUCAUCUAUAACCGUUAUCAGAACAUAAUUUUACAGUGUACGACCAAAUACCUGCUAAACUCAUGACAUUCCCAUCAGCCUGAGCAGUAGUUGGUCCUUAUUGAUAAAUGUUAGCAUGCUGACACACUAAACAUAGAUGGUGAAAAUGUGAAGAUUAUUUUUUAACUUUUACAAUGUUCAAAAACUGUUUGCAUCACCGAUUGAUGUGCUUUCAUUUUUUUCAAGUCACUGAACAAUAAUGUCUUUACUGAACAUGUUAAAAAGCGUAGAAAGUGUUAGAAAGCAUUAGCUGGCAUUGUAACAUGGACAUACAAGGUUUUUUAUCCUUCAGGCAAAAUGUUUGCAGCUAUAUCAGUGUUUCUUCUAUAUGCAGACUGUAAUGUUAGUUUUUAAUGUUUAGAAAUAUGAUUUAUUUUACAAUAAAAAUGUCGAAGCUG